AGUGUGUGUCGAAAUAAGUCACAUCCAGUGUUUUAUCUGUUUCUCUGUCGAUCGGUUUGUUUAAUUAUUAUUUUUAAUUUUAACGUCAAAUAUUUUAUAUUUUAUUUUUUUAUUAAUUAUAAUUUAUUAUUCAACAAGCACAUAUUAUUUUCGUCUUUUGUGUUGACAAAUAAUUUCGUGGAAAUAGUUAAAAAUUGAUUAAAUAAUAAAUGAUAUAACGAGAAAAGGAAAAAAAAAAAAAAAAACUAAACAAAUAUUGAUCAAGACAAAAAUGAGUGAAUUGGUUUAAUUUUUAUAAAUUUUUUAUAGUGUAAAUAAUGGAGUGAAUUGUUUAAAAUAAAUAAAUAAAUAAAGUGAAUAUAUUAAUAAUUAAUUUGAGCAAAAAAUUAAAGUGAAUAUUUCAAUGGAAAAUAAAAAAUAUAAAAAAUAAAUUCUACUUGAUGCUCGAUCCUGCAAUGCGGAAAUGAAACGUGAAUUUCACUGCGACAUAGAUGUCUAAGCAUAUAAUAAUAAUAAUAUAAAUAAUAAAUAAUUUUAAAGAAUGAUUGUUGGAUCAUUAUUACUGAUAAAAUCAUCGAGUGACUGGCCGUGUCAGCCAGUUACUCGAAACCAGUCCAACUGAUUUUUAAUAACAACCCAAAAAAGCAUCAUUAAAAAUAAAUAAAUUAAAAAUCAAGAUCAAUGAAGAAAUGGCAGCAACAGCAAAACAUGAAAUGCGUCAAAAAUUUACUGAUGAUAACACGGGUGAGGAGGAUAUUGCUGCAAUUGCUAAACAAAUAAGUGAUCAUGCUGAGGCAAUAUAUCAAACAUGGAAAAGUCGUGGUUUAGCACCAACUGAAAUAUUAAAUUGUCACAGUAAUGAUACAGCUGUUGAUAAAUUUGGUAGUGCAUUAACACCAACAAUUCAAUUGACAAAACAACAACAACAACAAAAUUUUAAUAAUAAUAGCAAUAUUAUUGAACCACUUGAAUGUUUAUUAAAUAAUAAUAAUAAUGGUGAUGAAGAUGAUGAUGAUGAUGUAGAUGAAAAAAAUGAUUUAUUAAAUGAUGAUAAAAAUAAACUUGUAAAAUUUGUUAAUAAUUUUGUUGUUGAAGAUCGUGCUAGACAACAAAAAUCAUCAUAUUUAAAUAAAAAUUUACCCUCGUCAAUUCAAUUUGCCCUUGAAAAAUUUGAAAAAAAUACUGAUAUUAUUAAAUCACAAAUUAAAAUAAGACCAAAAAUAAAAAAAUCACAAUCGACAUUAUCAAAUUUGAGUGAUAAAAUUGAUGAUAUAUUUAUUGACAAGCCAAAAAGGCCAAUGAGUGUAUUGGUUGGUUCACCAACCAAAAUUAUUACAGUGGAUAAUAUAAAUAAUAAUGGUGGUCAGUCCUCUGGACUAACAACAUGGCCAUUAAAAAAUAAAUUAUUAAAUGAUACAUCAACAACAACAUCAUCAUCAUCAUUAUCAAUAACAUCAGAAGCAUCAAAAUCAACAAGUCGUACAACACAAAUAGCAGCAUCAUAUUUAGAUGAAGUUGCACGUGAAGAAGAAAGAUUAAUAAAUGCAUUAAAAACUGGUUCAAUUAUAAGUGAAGAUACAACAUUACCAAUUGAUAAUAUUAUUAUUAAAAAACAAAAACCAGAAAUUAAAAAACAAAAACCAAUAUUAAUUGGUACAAAUGGUUUAAUAAGUGAACAAGCUGUUAAUUUUUUUAAUAAAAAAAAACAACUUGAAGAUAAAAAAAAUAAUCAAACAACAACAACAAUUGAUCAAGUUGAUAAUAUACAAAAAAUUGAUACUACACAAUUACCAACAACAACGACAACAACAAAAUGGGGACCGAGAAUUAAUUCACCACGUACAAGAUUAGAACAAGUACCACAUCCUGAAUUAACAAAUCAACAAAAACAACAUAUUAGAGCUGCAGCAGCAGCAGCAGCUGCAAAUGACACGACAAAUUCAUCAUCAACAAAUAUUAAUAAUCCAGUAAGACCAUUUUUAACACGUGGAUCUGUUGCUGAAAGAGUACUUAUAUUUGAAAAAUGUCCAAGUGAUUUAUUACUAGAUAAACGUGGACCAAGACAAUCAUCAAUUGGUACAAAUAGAUUAAAUAAUAAUACUAAUACAAAUAAUGAUGUAAAUAAUACACAAAAAUCACAGUCUUAUGUACGUGAGAGAAUACUGCAGCAACAAUCAAGAGCCCUGCCACCUCAUACAACUCUUCAGAGACAUGUUAAAGCCAAUAAAAAUGUUCGAAUACCAAGAUUUUAUUAUCCGGGUGGUAAACCAACAUCACUGUCACAACUUGAAGCAACAAUAUGUAAAAUAACAAAAGCAUUUGAAAGUUUACCAGGUUGUCGUUCAACAAAAUCACAAUUUAAUAUUAUAACAAAAGCUUGUGAUUUACCAUUAUACUGGAAGAUACCAUUAUUUAUGGCAUGUGGUGGUGAUAAAAAUUCAACAAUUGAAUUAACAAAUUUUUUGGAUUAUUGGAAAGAAUUAAAUAAAAAUUCACAUGAUAAAGCUAGUAAAUUUAUAAAUAUAAAUACACGUGGUAAAAGUGAUAAAUUAUUACCAGAAGAUCUUGUAUGUUUAGUGCAAGAUGUUGUUGAAACACAUCCUGGUUUAACAUUUUUAAAAGAAGCAACUGAAUUUCAUUCACGUUAUGUACACACUGUUAUUGCUAGAAUUUUUUAUUGUGUUAAUCGUUGUUGGUCUGGUAAAAUAAGUAUAACUGAAAUACGUAAAUCAAAUAUACUUGAUAUUAUUGAUUUACUUGAACAUGAAGAAGACAUUAAUCAAGUAACAUCAUACUUUAGUUAUGAACAUUUUUAUGUUAUUUAUUGUAAAUUUUGGGAACUUGAUCGUGAUCAUGAUUUAUUAAUUGAUAAAAUGGAUUUAACACGUCAUAAUGAUCAUGCAUUAUCAACACGUUUAAUUGAACGUGUAUUUAGUGGUGCUGUAACACGUGGUGGUAUUAAUGGUGCACAACAACAUUCAGAUAAAAUGAGUUAUACUGAAUUUGUAUGGUUUUUAUUAUCUGAAGAAGAUAAAAAUCAUCCAACAGCAAUUGAAUAUUGGUUUAGAUGUAUGGAUCUUGAUGGUGAUGGUUAUUUAUCAAUGUAUGAAUUGGAAUAUUUUUAUGAAGAGCAAUUGGAUCGUAUGGAAGCAAUUGGUAUGGAAACAUUACCAUUUGAAGAUUGUUUAUGUCAAAUGCUUGAUAUGAUACAUCCAUCAAUACCAAGAAAAAUAUCAUUGAGUGAUUUAAAAAAAUGUAAAAUGACAUCAAUAUUUUUCGAUACAUUUUUUAAUCUUGAAAAAUAUCUAGAUCAUGAACAAAGAGAUCCAUUUGCUUCAACAAGAGAUCAUGAUGCUGAUGGUCAUGAGCUUUCUGAUUGGGAUCGUUUUGCUGCUGAUGAGUAUGAACUUCUAGUAGCUGAAGAAAGUGGAAAUGAUCAGAAUGAUCAAAUGCUUUAUGAUCCCGGUAUUGAAGAUGAUACAUAUCCACAAAAUUUAGAUGCCAUUAAAAGUGACAAAGAAGCCAGCAAAACACGACAAUGUUUUGCCAAAGAUUAUCCAGAAGAUGGACGUCAUGAUAAAUCACUAAACUUUGACAGUGGUGAUAGUGAUGAUUACGCUGAAAGUGACAACUAAUUUUCAUUAAGAUUAAUAAUCAACAAAUAAGAUAUAUCAACGUUAAACAUUUAAAAAAAUAAUAUUAUUUUUUUUCUCAUUUUGUUUAUCCAAAGUAUUAGUGUAGUGUAAAUAUAUAUAUAUAUUUUCAUUUUUUUCAAUCAGUUUAUUGGCAUAAUAAAUGCCAAGUAAAAAAAAAGCUAUUCUAAAUUUGAAAUUUUUCUCAAAUCGUAACUAUUAAUUAAACAAAAUUUAAUUAUUUAUAACGAGUUAAUUUGUUGGUUUUUUUUUUUUUUAAAUUUAUUUAGUUUUAUGAAUUUUUUAUUACAACAUUUUUUCUACAUUUUUUCAAUAAUAUCAUACCUUUUUUUUUUCGUAAUAAAUAAUAUGUAAAACUCAAUUCUAGUCCGGCAAUAAAUGCGCACGCUAAAUCGACUUUUUUUUUUCUUUUUAUAUUGACGAAAAAUAAUAAUAAGAAAAGAAAAAAUUAUCAGCGAGAAAAUAAAAUACGUGAUUGUCGAAUUAAUAAUGAUAUAUUUAAAAAAAUAUAUAUAUUUAAUAUAACAUUAAUAAUUAAUAUAGAAAAAAGAAAAAAAAAAGAAAAAAAAAAUUGAAUAUAUUUGGAGGAUCGUUGUGACAAACCACGGUAGCCGUAAAUAUAUAUCUAUUAUUAAUUAUAAAUAAUUAUAUUCGCAGUUUAUUGUCUUUCCAAAGAUGUAAUUUUAAUGGUAAUUAAUUAUUAUUACGUAAUUAAUUAAUUAUAUAAACAAAUGCUUGUUAAUUAAUUUGUUUUUUUAAGUAAACAUGACAACGAGUUUAGUCUCUUUUGUUAAUCAAAAAUUAAAGUAAUAAUUUAAUAAUCACAAUUAUAGUAAAAUAAUUUAUAUAAUUGUGAUAAUAUUUUGUUGCAUUUGAUAAUUUUUAUUAUUCAUUAAAAUUGUUAUUUCAUAUUUAUCAAUUUAUUAUAUAUAUUUCGAUAGAUUUAUCAAAUGUUCCCGAGUAUCAAUUUAAAAAAGGUGCUCAAUAUUUAAUUUUUUUAUUUCAUUUCAAUUUUAAAGUUUAAAAAAAUUAUAUAUCUAUCAAAAGGCAAUUAAACAGUUUAAUAUUUAACAAAAAAAAACAUAAAAUUCCUCCAUAAAUUUAAAAAAAUAACAACAUAAUAAAAAAAGAAAAUUUUUUAUUUUUAAAAUUUAAAAUUUCUAUCAAAUUGAGGUUUAAAUAUUUCGAAAAUUAAAUGUUCAACUUUAAAAUUUGUACUUUUUAUUUAAUUGUAUAUUUUUAGAAUAUACUUUAAACAAUAAUAAUAAUAAUAUUGAUAAAUUUCGAAGAGAAAAAAAAGAGUAAACACAAAUAAUUAUUAAAAAAAAUUCAGUGUAUUUUGUUCGUACAUAAAAAAUUGUCAAAUAAUAAUUUUGAAGGUCAAGUAUGUAUGUUUUUUUCAUGCAAAACUGUGUUCGAACUAAUUUAAGCUAGUCAUACAUAAUAUCUAUGUCAGUGAAAUUAUUACAAACGAUAUAUAAUAAUAAUCUGAGAAAAAAAAAAAACCACAUAAUACGUUUCACGAAUAAAUUUGUUUAGAUCAUUCCUCGUCGUAAAUUAACAUGUUUUUCAAAAGAAAAAAAAAAUAUACAAAUAUAUUAUUAAUUAUAAAAAAGUACACUUAAAAUUAUGUGUCAUUGACAUUUGAUAUUUAUAAUAAUUAAUAAAUAUAUUUAAUAAUAAUUAUUAUAAAAACAAUUUGAAUACAAUAGUAAACAUUGGCUUUAUUUUAUCGUCGAUUAAUUUACCUUAAUUAGCAUUAAUAUUAAUCAGAAUUAUUUUUUUAAUAUCAAUCAACUAUCAAUACAAUCAUCUAGACAAAAAAAAAAUUUCUCCUAAACAUAUCACUUUAAUAUUUAUUUAAUUAUUUGAACAAAAAAAUUAUUCGAAAAAAAAUUUCGAUUUUUUUUCGAAAUGAUAAUUUUUCAUGCUUUUUUUUUUGAGAAAAAAUUUAAAAAAAUAAAAUGAUAUUCAAGUUGUAAGGUGAAUGAUCUCUCUUUUGCAAAAGUUAACGGUUAAUUUGAAUUAAAUGUAUAAAAUUAAUUUAAAAUUUUCGAAAUGAUAAUUAAAUUUUGCUAAAAAAAUUUAUUAUUUUGAUAAUUAUUCAUUAUUAUCUAAGAAUGAUGGUUGAUUUUUAUAAUGAAGAUGAUGACGAUGAAGAUGAAGAUGAUGGGUGUGGUCGAGAAAAAAAAAAACAUCAUCUUGGUUUUUAUAAUUCAGGUCCGGUUUGUAAAUAAAACUAAACAGGGCAAUAUAAAAUAUCAGCAAAAAAAUAAGUGGUGUUACCAGCUCUACCACAUUUAAAAAAAAAAAAAAAGGAAAUAUUAUUUAUUCAUAUUUUCCACAUCAUUAUAAUAUUCAUUUUUUUUCAUUUUUAAAUUGUUAUUUUGUUUUUUAUAAAUAAAAUAUCAUCGUAUUGCUUUGAUACUUUUUUUUUUUUUUUUGUUCAUUCAUCGAUCACUGAUAUUAUCUUCACCGUUAUUAUUUAUUCAUGCUUGCUAACACAAAUAAUUUCGUGAGAAAUUUGCCAGAAGAAAUAAUAGCAUAUUCUUUAGGUCAACAACCAGACAUUUAUCAUUGAUGAAUGAUGAGUUGAUGACACAAAAAAGACGAGCAUAUUAAU